AUGGCAGAUCCAAAGAAAUCAACUAUAGGGGUCCAGGAGUUGAAAUACCUAGAAUAUUUGGUAGUUCAGGGACAUAUUAAACCACAGCCCAUUAAAGUGGAGGCCCUCCAGGCCAUAGAUCAACCUGUGACCAAGCGACAGCUGCAGCAGUUUCUGGGACUCAUGGGAUAUUAUAGCAAAUUUAUACAAGCCUUUGCUAGCAAGGCAGCCCCUUUAGCGGACUUCUUAUGGGGAAAAGAACCAAAUAAACUCCGCUGGACAGAGGAAGCACAACAAGCCUUUAUUGGUUUACGAGCGGCACUCUCAGAUUCAAUGGUUCUGUGA